AUGACUGAAGCUAAAAAUUCGAAGAUACCAAUUGAUGUGAGUUAUGGGAAAACAUCAAAUGAAGUUCCAUUGGAAUCAAAUGAAGUUUAUCAAAAGUUGAUUGGUAGUCUUCUCUAUUUGGCAAAAAACACGAGACCAGACAUUAGCGCAGCUGUUUGUAUUUUAUCACAAAAGGUAUCAGCACCAUCAAAAGAAGAUUGGAACGAAUUAAAAAGAGUACUCAGAUAUUUGAAGGGUACAAAAGACUACAAAUUAUAUUUGGCUGAUGAUAAAGAGAAACAAGAGCUAUUUGGCUAUGCUGAUGCAAAUUAUGCUGAAGAUCGAAUUGACCGUAAAUCAAACAGCGGUUACAUAUUAAAGUUGAAUGGUGGCACA